UGUUAUCAGAUCUAACGGCGGCGAAAGGUCAUGAUGCGGCUCGCACUGCUCCUGCCAACGACCGUCAGCGGCGUCUUCUUUUACCCCGAUUUCAACGAGACGACGGGCUUGAGCCUCAAUGGCAACAGCGCAACGACCAACUGCGUCCGCACUCCGAUUAGCAUGUACAGCGCAACGUACGCUACCAACGAUUUGUUGUUUGCCGCGAUCAACGUAUCCCAGACGUUUACGCUUGACCAAGUGCAGUACGAGUCGACCGAGACGUCAACUCCGAGCACGACAGCUACGGUUGCCACACAGUCGGCCAUGUUUGGCCACCGGGAUAUAUAUACACCGUCAUUGGCGACGGAAUGCCCCGUGCGACUUCGCCUCACGGCGUCUCAGCCGAGCCAAGUGUCCUCGGCGUGGUUCAACGACCCACUCAAUGUACUCGACGGCUUUGAGACGCGGUUCACAUUUCAGAUUACCGACCACUCGAAGCGCUGCCUCGAAGUCAAGGACCAGAAUUUCAACACAAAAACAUACCAGUCGUGCUUUGUGCAUGGCGGCGACGGCUUCGCUUUUGUGCUGCACGGCCACCCGAACAUGACGAGUGCGCUCGGGCGAGGGGGCAUGGGCUGGCGCGGCAUAUCCAACUCGAUCGCUGUUGUCUUUCACACAUGGCCGCAAUCGAGCGCCACCGACACCCUCUUUGUUGACCACAUGAGUGUCUACUUGCAGCCACCAGGAAGCACUGACGCACCAAUUGAACUGGCCGUGCCCGUGCCUGUGGACCUCGCCGAUGGUUCGAUCCACGUCGUCAAGAUCACCUAUUACAACACUCUCCCGCUGCAAUACUUCAACUACUUUGCUGCCUCGACCAGCAUUGUCUCGACGCUCAAAGACAUUUCCGAGUCGCGGCGCGUCGGAUGCCUCGUCGUCUUUCUCGACGAUGGAAUUGCAAACAAUGUGCCACUUUUGGCUGUGCCAAUCAACGUGGCCGCAGCGUUGCGCCUUCCUCGCGACUUGGCGUUUGUCGGCUUUACAAGUGCGACGGGCGGCGCUUGGGAGAAACACGAUGUACUUGCUUGGUACUACUGCUCCCAGCCACCGUGUCUGGAUGUGAACGGAAGUGUCGUGAGCCUCGAGUUCGACUACGGGACGCAGAGCCUCUUGGCGACGGCAUCGUAUAGCACGUCAUUGUACCCGAUGUUCAUCUUCCCCGACACUCUGCCGUGGGCGAAGCAGCGCCAGUACUUUGCCCCCGGCUCGCCCGUCGGUGUCACGACAUGAAUCCAAUCGAAAAUCAUUUCUUU